GGGCAAUUUACAUAUUACAGGAACAUGAGUGAAUUAGAAUAAUAAUAAAAAUGAGAACAAGCCAAGAAUUUGCUUCUUAAACACAAAACACUGUAUUGGGGUGAAGCAAGAUCUAAUACUUUGGUUAACAAUGACCCCAUAAAAAGCACAGCCAAGUCCUUCGUUGUCCUCUUGAUUAGAUUCCUAGUGAUGUAUCUCGGCUGUGUCCUUAUUAUCCGUGUGGUAACUUUACCUGUGAGCACUUUUAUCAAAAAUCUCUAUGUGGUACCUUCGACUUCAUAUACCAUUGAUAAUCAGCUUUCCUUUUUCCUUAACCAGAUGCAACUAACCUUUCCUUGGUCCCCUCUUGACUCCUCAGAGGUUUUUAUUACCUUUUGUUUUUUUAUUUAUUUAUUAUUUAUUAUUUAUUAUUUAUUUUUUUUAGAACUGACUAGGAUAAUACAGCAUUAGUCAUU